GGUUAAAGUCUACGUGGUGAGGAGUGGAAUCCUUCUGAUUGUGCACCUAUCACCAUGGUUGAGACCCGUAAAGGAAUGAUUACUACCCCCUAUACUGCUGAGCAGCAAGAGAAAAUGGCCGCCUUAGUGAGAGAAAAUAAGGAGAGAAAAGAGCGUGAAAAGCAGGCGAAGUUAAAAGCGAUUGCAGAGGAACAGGCGGCGAAGAUGAAAGAAAUAGAGGAGGAGAUGGAGAGAAAGAAGAAGGCUGCUGAAGAAGAAGCGGCACCAGAGGAAGAGAAGGAAAGAAUGAGGAUUGAAAGCGGAGAAGGGACUAGUGGCACGAACAAAGAUACAGACGCUGAGCUUGAGAAGAAGAUCAGCGAGUGGUUUGCCAACUUAUCGUUGGGUGAAGACGAAGAGGCGCAAAUGAAUGUGCCACAAGAAGAGAAGGAGGCGUUUGCUAGGGCCCUCGAAGUAAUUAAGGACCCCCUUGAGCGUCAAGAGGCUGAGGAGGAGAAGAGAUUGGAGUGGAAGUUGAGGAUGAAGAGGGAGCAGAAGAGGAGAAGGGAGGAAGCUAACCGGUUGACCGUAGAGGUAGAAAAGGUGCAGACGUGUAGACAGGAAGUCCAGGCACAGGCAGAUGUUUCUGCCAAGAUGGAUAAGGUGUUGGGGUACUUGGAAGUGUUGAGUGAGGCCUGGUUAGAGGAACGGCACGCCAAUCUGGGUCAUGACAUCACCUUGAAGGCUAUGCGGUCAGGUUUCAGAAAGUUCACGCGCGAGAUUGUCACCCACAUUGGGGGUGAAGUCAGGCAACUAAGAGAGAAUGUAGGAAAAUACUGCGAAGGCGCCAUUGAGGGCGCCAAGGCCAUAGCUGUUGUAGAGGGCGAAGGUAGACCCCAUAAAGAGCUUGUAAAGCUCAAGUUCCCAGAUGCGUACGGGGGUAAGAAGGAGGAGAACUUUGACAACUGGGAGGCCAGUGUCAACAACUAUAUCUAUUUGCAGCACAUCCUGACAGAAGAGCAAGUCCUCGUGGCCUUCCAGGCCCUCAAGGACGAAGCAGCUAGCUUUGCUAGAUCUCUUGCGCGCGCGGCCGGUUGCGAAAACAACCUGGUCGCAUAUUCCAAACUCACCCCCCUUUCUCAAUUCCUCAAGUUCCUCAAUGAGCGAUUUGCUGACCCAACGCGAGGCGUUAGAGCCUCAGACAUGUUGCAGACAAUCCACUCACGGCAGUGGAGGAGUGCCAAGGCACUCAAGGGUACCAUGGACGACUUGGUAGCCGUCCCGGACCAUGGGGUCAUUGAGGCCCAGUUGGUCCAGUUGUUUUAUCGUGCCAUUCCAGAGGCCCUACGCGGGCAUUUCUUUGACAAAUCUCAGCAGGCCGGCAUCACUUACGAUGAAUUGAGUAGAGAAGUCGUCCUGUAUGAGUCGAAGUCUAUGCCACUUACCACUUUCUGGCAUAAGGACCUGGAGAAGGGGAAGAAGUGGAAGGAUCGUACAAUCUCGGGCCAAGUCAAGGCCAAGGAUCAUUUGAUCCUAACAUUAGAGGAGGGUGGUACAGAAAAGGUCCCAUAUGGCCAGAUUGAGUGGGGCGUAGGGGAGGAGUACAAUAGUGUAGGGCAGGGGAGAGGGAGGCCGCAAGGUAGAGGAGGAGGCCAAGGCCAAAGGGGCGAGGCCAUGGGAGGUCGAGGACCGGGCGCACAGAGGGUUGGCGAACAGGGAAACCGCCAAGCGGGAGAUAACACCUUGGCACAUUGCUGUCUCAGUGCUCCCGCGUUCGCGCGAUUAGUGAGAAAGGAGCAGUUAGAGGAACAGCUCUUUGUAGUGUAUGUUAGACCUGUCACCGAGGGCCAAGAAAAGGAUAGUUCCACAGAUCCAACAAUCGCCAAGUUGCUUGAAGAGUUCAAGGAUCUGACGGAGUCGCCGACAGGAGUAGUGCCGCGAACCAUCCAGCACAGGAUAGAGAUAGAGCCUGGCAGUCGAACUCCUAAGGGUGCAGUCUACAGGAUGUCCCCUAGAGAGUUAGAGGAGCUUCGCAAGCAGUUAGACGAACUCCUUGAGAAGGGUUGGAUCAGGCCCAGUUCGUCUCCUUUUGGAGCACCAAUUUUGUUCGUCCCCAAGAAGGAAGGAGAACUUCGUAUGUGUAUAGACUAUAGCGGUUUGAAUGCGAUCACAGUGAAAAAUGCCGAGCCGCUGCCCAGGAUAGACGAUAUUUUAAAUCGGGUGCGGUGUUGUAAGUAUUUCUCUAAGAUAGACUUAAAGUCCGGAUACCAUCAGAUAGAAGUCCAUCCUGAUGAUCAGUACAAGACAGCAUUCCGGACUAGAUAUGGGCAUUAUGAGUUUGUAGUGAUGCCCUUUGGACUUACCAACACGCCAGCUAUUUUUCAGCGUUGUAUGAAUGACCUGUUUAGACCAUGGUUAGAUAAAUUUGUAGUAGUCUACUUAGAUGAUAUCCUAGUCUUUAGUAAGACCCUCCAGGAGCACCAAGGUCAUCUGAGGCAGGUCUUGGAGAAGCUUAGAGAGGCUAACUUCAAGAUCAAUGCGAAGAAGUGCCAGUGGGCCAAGACGCAAGUCUUGUACUUGGGCCACGUAUUGGACGGAGAUGGCGUUAAGCCAGAGGACAGCAAGAUCGCGGCGAUUAGAGACUGGCCGACGCCCCGCACAUUAACUGAGUUGCGGUCGUUUCUAGCCUUAGCUAACUAUUAUAGGAAGUUCGUGAGGAACUUCUCCACUAUCGCCGCCCCCUUGCGCAGACUGCUAAAGAAAGAGGCAAUCUGGCAAUGGGAUAAAUAUUGUACGUCCGCGCUCAAGAAGUUAAAGCGCGCGUUCUUAGAAUACCCUGUCCUCAAAGUAGCAGAUCCGUCCUUGCCAUUUGUCGUUACCACGGACGCAAGUCGGUAUGGGAUAUGCGCCGUGUUGCAGCAAGACGAGAGCAAUGGUUAUAGACCCGUAGAGUUCAUGUCAGCGAGGAUGCCCUCUGAGAAGGUUGCUACCUCCACGUACGAAAGAGAACUCUACGCCCUCAGGCAGGCUUUAGACCAUUGGAAGCACUACCUGCUUGGGAGGCACUUCAAAGUCUAUUCGGACCAUCAAACACUUGGAUGGUUGAAGACCCAGGCCAAGAUGACACCUAAGUUAACCAGGUGGGCCGCAGAGAUAGACCAAUUCGACUUUGAGCUCAAGCCAGUGAAGGGCAAGUACAAUGUAGUGGCGGAUGCUCUAAGUAGGAGAUCAGACUACUUUKGAGCCGUAGUACAUUAUCUGGAUAUAGGGAAAGACCUGCAAGAGAAAGUGAAAAAAGCGUAUACGCAGGACCCUAUCUAUAGCGACCUCCUAAAGAGAGUUAGAGAGGCCCCAGAGACCGAACCAGAUUACCGCACUACAGACGGGUGGCUGUUUGAGAAGACUAAUGUGWUUGACCGCCUGUGCGUUCCCAACAACGAAGAGAUUCGUAGUCUGAUUCCAGGGGAAUGUCAGGAUAUUGAGGGACACUUCGGUUGGCAAAAGACGUUAGCCAAUCUAAUGCGUGCGUACACAUGGCCAGGGAUGAAGAACAACUCCAUAGAGUAUGUCCGCAGUUGUAAAGUAUGCCAGAGGAACAAAUCUACUACACGCGCGCCCCUAGGUCUUCUCAGACCCUUGCCUAUUCCGGAUCAGCCGGGAGACUCAGURUCCAUAGACUUCAUGGACACGCAAGUCAAGAGCAGACAUGGUAAGAGCCAAGUCAUGGUCAUAGUCGACCGUUUUAGUAAGUAUGCAGUUUUUGUUCCUUUGCCUGCAGAGGCACGUACAGAUUUAGUAAUACAAAAGUUCUUUGACUUUUGGGUUAGUUAGAAUGGAAUCCCAUUAUCAAUAGUUAGUGAUAGAGAUAGUCGUUUCACCAGCCAGAACUGGCAAGAACUCAUGAGAGUCUACGGAUCUAAGUUGUUAAUGUCAUCUGGCCGUCACCCAGAGACUAACAGUCAGACAAAACAGAUGAACAAGAUCCUACAGCAAGUUCUGCGCAUGUAUAUUAGACCAGAUCAGAUCAACUGGGAUGAGAUGUUGCCCAAGGUCGCUAGUGCAUACAACAAUAGUAAGCAUUUAUCCACCUGCCGCACUCCCAAUGAGUUGCACAAGUCCUUUAGACCGCGCAGACCUUUCGAAGGACUGAACCGGGAUCAGAUUCACAGAUUACCGCCCGGCACCAGGGAGUUUGCGAUACAGCACGAGAGAGAACUAGCAACUGUUGUUGAAAACCUCAGGAAGGCCCAGCAUAAGAUGAUAGAACAAACUAAUAAGCACCGC